AUGGAGAAGAUCACGCUACAACGAGAUGAUCCAUCCCACGCCUACUUUAUACCGCACCAUGCUGUCACCGCGAAAUUCCGUGUGGUCUUCAACGCUUCGGCGAAGAGCAGCAAUGGCGUCUCCUUGAACGACACUCAGCUGGUUGGGCCGGCAGUUCAAGAUCCACUAGUUGACAUCCUCUUACGCUUUCGUCGAUUCCGCGUAGCUGUCACGGCUGACAUCGAGAAGAUGUUCCGGCAAAUCGAGGUGAACUCCAGGCAUCGAUGUUGGCAGCAGAUCCUCUGGCGCGAAAGCCCUAAUGACACGCUCCGUGCGUAUCAACUGAAGACUGUCAUCUACGGUAUGGCUUGCAGCCCUUAUAACGCUGCUCGUGUUCUGAACCAGUGCGCCAUUGACAACCAAAUCGUGGUUCCUGAUGCUAANGUGCUCUCGGCGACAUCUGGUUCAGAGGCAUCCAGCUGCACACUUGGCUUAGGCGACACUGAUGCCAAG